AAACACAUGGAGAGAGACAGAGGAAGGGAGUGAGUGGAACAGAGAGAGAGAGAGAGAGAGAGAAAGAGAUUGACUAAAUCCUGCUCAGUGAAAGAGGGGGAGCACAUUCACACCCUUUAGGGGACUCACAGGAAAGGAGCGAGAAUCAGAAAACCAGUCAGAUAUUGUAUUCAGUCAGUUAAAGAGAAACAUGUCCAACUCAAUCCUGCGAAGACAUUCCAGCAAAAAGGGAUUAGAUAACCUCAAGAGGAUCACUGUGCAGCGCAGUCUGGAGGAUGCAGAAGAAAUCGAGAGAGAACGACGACGGCGUGCAAGAGCCAGUACCUCUACUGAGGCUUCUCUGGACAACCAGAGUCAGAAUGAUGUGGUUUCAAACUCUCCUCCAUCCUCGUUGGAAGAGGACGAAGGAUUCAGUGAUUGGACACUUCUGAGCAGGCGCAAAGAGGAACAAAUGGAACAUAAAGCUGUAAAAACACAUCUCAACGGCUCUCAUCCCUCAAAACUACAGCUCUGUUCCAGCUCUGCUCAACAUGGUAAACAGCGUGAUUUAAACGUGUUUGACAGCACCCCGUUUAUACAGACUCGACCCCCCUUUUCAAAUCAGCAAAACCUGGAUGAGGAUGGUAAUGAUGAAUGGCAGGAAAGAAUGGCUAAUAAGGCAGCAGAGAGGGAGGAGGGAGAGAUCAGACGGUGGUGUGCCGAGGAGGAUGAUCCGAGAAGGAUGAAAGGUCAUGAAUCAUCUUUACGGAAGAAACAAAAUCAGAGCUGUAAUAUGGAUGAGAAGAGAGACAAAAAGGUAGAGAUGAAGAUAUCCUACACCUCCACAGUCCUCCUCCAACAGAAUGGGAGACAGUACAGCACAAAUGGACAAGAGGGGAGGAGAAUAAAGGACAGUGUGUCGGAGGAAGUGUUUGUGAAUAACAGUGAAGAGAACCAGCAGCACAGAGAAACAGAGGAUCAGACUCAUGAGGAGGUGCAGAGGAGGAUGAGAGAGGAGGAGAGAGAGAGGAAGAGGAGGGAUGUGAUGGAGAAGUUAAAGAGGUUGAGUAUAUCCAGCGGAGAUCCAGAGGAGCCUUUCAGUCCUCUCAGCCCCAGGAGCCCAUCCUACAUGGCUGUGGGUGAGGAGUGGCAAUCAGAAGGUACAAGCUCGAUUACUGAGAGGACUGAGUCUCUAAACCGCUCCAUUAAAAAAAAGAACAGCAUAAAGAAGACACAGCCUCCCACGAUCAUCUCAAAGUUAGAUGGCAGAUUGGAGCAGUACAACCAUGCCAUUGAGGAGUCCUAUAAAGAGGGGAACGUAGUCAAGCUAGUGGAUGUCCCAACAGCACCAGAGCCUAUAUCUGCUCGGAAGACCCUGUUUGAGGCGGGGGAAGCCUGGAAUCAGAAUUCAGCCAGGGCUGUGUCCUCUAAGGAUACAGAGGGAAUAAAUGUGGGCGUGACUGAUCUUAUUAACCAAUGGGUGAAAGGAAACUCUGACGUCAACACCAAGAGCCCCUCCUCCAAAGCAGCUUGUCAGGAUGUUAAGGCUGGUGAGGUGCGUAACAUAAAAUCCAUGUGGGAGAAUCUGAGAGACAACAUGUCACCGGAUAAACCAUGCCCAAAGGGAUCAUCUGGAAAAAGAUACAAAUUUGUUGUGAGUGGCCAUGGGAAAUACGAGAAGGUCUUCAUUGAUGACACAAACUAAGGAUCAAGUAAGAAAUCUGGCUGCUGGACACAAAUAUGUCUGAAGACAGGAUGCUGAUGUGAUCACCGUCCUUCAGUUAUUGCACUGUUUAAAAAAAAAAUUACACCCACUAAA